GCCAGCCCCACCUCUGCCGGCCCGCCCUCGGCUCCCCCACCGCGCCGAGGAGCGAGCCCGGGAACCCCACACUGGCGGGCACGGAGCGGGAGCCCCCCACCAGCUGCAGCCGGGCGCCUCGAUGUGGAAGCAGAGCAGGGUUCCACGUCUGAGGAAGACAGAGCCUUGUGCCCGCCCGCCCGCCCCGCCCUCUGGCCCUGGUCUGGGACACUGCCCUUCACUGCUCAGCUAAGGGUUCCAAGGACUCUCCUUUCUCUGGCCCGUGCCGCCGAGUGCCCAGGGUGUUGUUAACACCUGAAGGGAGUGCGCAGUGGACGGUCAGGGCGCCAGAGCAGGAGCCCUCUGGGGCCUCGGGUAGGGGAGUGAAACUGGAACCGUCGGGGAACAUGAGUGAAUUUUGGCACAAACUGGGCUGCUGUGUGGUAGAGAAACCCCAGCCGAAGAAGAAGAGGCGACGGAUCGACCGGACCAUGAUUGGGGAACCAAUGAAUUUUGUCCACCUGACUCACAUUGGCUCUGGGGAGAUGGGGGCUGGAGACGGACUUGCCAUGACAGGCGCGGUGCAGGAGCAGAUGAGAUCCAAGGGAAACCGAGACAGGCCAUGGAGCAAUUCCAGGGGCUUGUAGCUCCAACAGGAAUGGUUCUGCUGUCCGAAGCCUCCCUCUGUCCAGCCCAGAAGAGAUGCUGCCCCCUCCAGAUCCCUCCUAGAACCAGUGCCCCCAGGGCCCCCUUUUCCCCCCUCUGCCUCAUAGUGCCUCGGAAGGCUUGGGGGCUGGCCUCCCUCCACUCCCUCUGGCUGUAGCCCCUCCUGGAGAUGGGGUCAAAGCAGCAGGACUGACCAAGUGACUACUCGUUGGCCAGAGGAGCGCAGCUGAAGCCCUGGACGCUCUCAGAUCUGAAAUGGGAGUUUCUGGGAACCUGGGAAGAGUUCCCUUCUCCUGAAUGACGGUCUACGGGCCACCUGUUUUUAAACUCUGAACCUGGAGCUCCUUAAGUGGCAGGUGGGUGAGGUUACUAGAGCUGAAGCUGGCUUUGCCGAGCAGCUCCUACCUCCCUGCCCUCGCCGCCUCCCUCUCGUGAUGAACUGACGCAGACGUCAAGCAGGGGCUGGGAGGGUGACCACUGCCUGGGCUACUCUCUCUCCAUCUCAGACCUUAAGCUCACCGCUCGUCAGCACCUCUCUGCCAGAUCCAGCGUCUUUCUCUAGUUAGGUCCCUGUCCCUGUUUCGUAGCAUUGCUAGCUCCUCGGCACCUUUCCCUCUUUUUUAAAUUAAUUAAAGAUUUAAUUUAAGAUGAGUUCUCGUAAUUACCCCCCUCCUGCUACUACCUCUGUCCUUACCCCGUUCCUGUUAGGAGCCUUAUUUCCCACUGAAUGAGAGUUAUGGUAAGGGGUGGAUCUUAACCCCGGUGACGGUCCACUUAAGCCUUGGGGACCUGGCCUGCCCUCUGCCGACCUCCCUGCUGGCCCAGGUGAGGGGAGGAAGAGGGAUCUGGAGAGACAUGCCGCAAAACUAGGAGUUACGUCUCAGGGUGGACUUCUGGACCCUUGAGGAGGGGAGGCGGGGAGAUAAGUGUGUUCAGAAGAACUCAUCUGUGAGCUGAGGGAGCUUAAGGUCCUCACAGCCUGGGAGCAGGGAGACCCACAGAGCAAGCUUUCCCAACCUGGACACUGGCCGUCUCGGGCUGGAUAAUUCUUCCUAGGGGGGCACUGUCCUGUGCAUUAGAGGGUGUUUAGCAGCAUCCCUGGCCUACCCUAGUUAUGACAAGCCAGCGUACCCCCAGAUGUUGCCGAGUGUCUCCUAGGGAGCAGAAUCACCCCCCGUUGAUAGCCACUGCUCUCAAGUCAAGAUAUUUUUCCCUUAAGUGAUUUCCACCGCCACCCUCCCCCAUCCCAUAGUUCAUCCUAAGCCUGAGCCUUGAUGAGCUUGGCCCCCUUGUAAAGUGGGCUUAGCGGGGCUGCACAGUCUCCAAACAGCUCUACUCAGUCUGUGGCUUGUGCUUGCAUGGGUCGUCUCUGUGCUUCUUGCGCUCAGGACAAGGGGGGCCUGCAGUGGAGGCAUGCACGGGGUGUGGUGGGCUUGGGGGGUGGAAAGCAGUAGAGCUGCAGACAACCCGCUUCCCCUCCCCAGCUUUAAGCCCUAUGCCUGUGCCCUUGCCCUGGAACCAGACACAGGUAAGACUCAGGGAGUUUUGUCUGAAGACCAGGUCCCACUCCCCGCCCGGAUAACGAGUCUGCUGCAGGUGGGAACGUAAUGGAGGAGCAGGGUCUUCAGGCACUUCGUUUUCUCAGGUGUUUUUGGUUCUGGUCCCUUCCUUGCGGGGAGAUGAGGAAGGCAGAACAGGGCAGAUGAGCUCCUGCCUGCUUUCUCAUUAGCUCCGUAACAGGAAGCGUCCUGUUUGACAGUGGUGGGGGGGUGUCAGGAGCGUGGGAACUAGGAUCCACUCUGCUGACUGCACCAUCCCUCCCGUCUGCCCCCAGCUACAGUGACUAAG